UAAAUAUAAAUAAAUAAACAAACUUGACACUGCGUGCGGAUGACCAAGGAGUUCAACCUCAGUCUGAAAUGGAGAAGCAACGCAGGCCCAGUCUAAGCUCACGCAAGAAAAACCGAAAGAGGAAAAGCGAUGAAUCCUCUACGCACAACAAUGGCGUCCAAGUCCAAUAUGCCUCCGAUUUCGAUGCCCUCUUCGCCAUUCUAGUCGCAGCCCUAACUAAUUUGCACAAACAACCCCGCUAUCUCCUACCCUUAAUCAACAAAAGCUUAGCAAAACUUCGUCUCUCUCACAUCCAAACCCCAAUUAUCUCUCUCCUUCCGACCCUUCUAGCCUCCAAGUACGCCGCAAUCGUGUCUUGUGGUGCGGAAAUUGUGGGGUUGGCAUCGCUGUUGUCGCUGGAAAUGAACGAGGAAAUUGCUUCGGAUAGUGAGACUGUAAAGGCUUUGGUCUCGGCCUUGGGGAGUCCCAAGAGGACAGUUUUAAUGGCGGCUUGUAAUGCUGUUUUGGAUGUGGGGACAACUUGUAUUGGACGGGAAAGGUUGCUGCAUUUUUGUGCUCUUGAGGCUCUUAUAUUGAGAUUCUUGCAGGUUCCUAAGUGCUCAGCUACUUCAGUUCCUCCAUGCUUUGCAGAAAGGGAAAGUAUUAGCUGUGUGAAGGUUGGAUUUAAGGGUGAUGAGCUUUCUGCAUUACUUCUUAAUGGUGCAAUCAACCUGAUUAACAUGUGCAACAUCGAACAAUUGGAACAAAUUCCUGGAAAUCUGUCUCAAUCUUUCUUGGCCUCUCUAAAGAAUCUCUGGGAACAAGUUCAUAGCCAAAUGUUUUCCUGCAACCCUAUGAAAUUCAACCAGGUGGGACUCUUUAGUAAUAGCUACUUUAAAGUAGAAGAUAUAGCUGAAAGCAUCUUUAGGCUUUCCAUUAAUGAUUGUCAUUUAAUCACGCCUCUGCCAUUUGAGAUGGUUCAAAGACAUAUUUUUGGUUUGAAUGGGUCCAAUUUUAAUGAUUUUGUGUUAAAACAUUGGGAAUCGUCACCCAUUCUUCUGCGGAGUCUUUCCAAUGCUUCAGUUGAGAAGGGUGAUAUUUUCUCCCCAUUCCUACAAUUUCUAAACGCUACCAAAUCAUUUCCCUCUUUUCUCUCUUCUAUCCUUAAAAGUAUGGUUUCCUGUAUUCCGAUUGCUUCAGAUGAAUUAGACAUUCUAACUUUCUUGAAGGAGGUAAAGCAUAAAUUGGGUUGUCCUAUAAUAUACCAGCAAGACAUAAGGGUUCUGAGAACAAACAGACAUUUGAAAAGAGAGGACCAUUUCUUCAAUUUUGUUUCAAGCUCUUCCUUUCCAGAGGUUUUAAAUUAUUUUAGUAAUAUCGAUGUUUUCAAAUGUGAAGAGGCCUUUAAAGACGGUUACACAAUUGCUUUACGUGGCAUGGAAUUUCGCUUUAAAACUAUCGCUGCUAUUGCUGAUGGAUUAGCAUCUAUGUUUGGUCAACCAUCAGUAGGUGCCAAUAUGUACUUGACACCACCAAAUUCUCAGGGCUUGGCAUGUCACUAUGAUGAUCACUGUGUGUUUGUAUGCCAACUUUAUGGGACUAAGCAAUGGAAGGUUUUCUCUCAAUCAAAUAAGCAGUUACCUCGUUUGUAUGAUCCUCUUGAGAACUUGAAAUUUUCUGAAGCUGACAGUCCAGCAGCUGGAUGUGAACUUUUUUCAUUGAGAGAAGGCGAUGUUCUGUAUAUUCCCAGAGGCUUUUUUCAUGAGGCCUACACUGAAACUGGUUCUGGGUCUGCUGGAUAUUCCUUGCACCUGACUCUUGGUAUUGAAGUGGAGCCCCCUUUUGAGUGGGAAGGAUUUGUCCAUGUAGCACUGUGGAAUUGGAACCUAAAGAAAAAGCAGUCCUGCUCUGGUUCUGUUUCUGUCUAUGAUGUGUGUGUGACUUUGUUACAUGCUGCCAUUAGGCUGAUUGGCGAUUCUGAUCCUACCUUUCGAAAGGCUUGUUUGGUUGCUGGAAUUUCUUCAUCGUCAUAUUCCAGUGAUUUGCUUGAUCCGAACCGAAUUUUUUUCCACUGUUUGGUUGAUAAAAUCAACACCGAAUCAAUGUUUUCUGAAGCCCUGAGUAAUGUGGAAGCCGCUCUUCAGAAAAAUGAAGAUCCCUUUCAGCGGAUCAGAUGGCUCCAGAUUUUGGGGGACGAAAAAUGUGAAGGGCUUGAUUGUUACGCACCUUUUAGGGAAAUCAUGAACUUGUUCCCAUUAUUGGCUCAAAACAAAUGUGAGAUAGAAGGUGGCUUCAUGCAAAUAAAGUCUAGGUUUUGCUCUGAGAUAAUAUUUGAAGAUGUAAAGCAGAGCUAUAAGAAGCUGCUUGAAAAAUAUAGGAAUGCCAGAAAACAAUAUAAGAAUGGUAUGAUUUCACUGCAUCAUGGAGCAUGAUUAUUACUUUUUA